UAGGUCUAAUCAUGGCGGACUACUGUGUUUAAAACAAUUUCACAAGAGACGCUAUUUCAUGCUUCAUUUUUUCCCGUUUCAUUUUUACACGAGUUUUAUUAUUGAUGUAAAAUGCCCCGCAAGCGUCAGAGAACUGAAACUAAAGAUGACCGGGAAGAGUCCCCAGGUCCAUCACAAGUGAAAAGAAAGAGAAAAGUUUUAAACUAUGACCCUCAUGAUAUAAUUCAUGAGCUGUAUGAUACAAUACGCAAUCACAAAUCUGAAGAUGGAAGGCUUUUGUGUGAAGCAUUUAUACGGGUUCCAAAGCGUAGAACAGCAGCUGAUUACUAUGAUGUUGUUAGCACCCCAAUAGAUCUUUUGAAAAUUCAGCAAAAAGUCAAAACAGACAGCUAUGACUAUGUAGAUCAACUUAGUGCUGACGUUUUGCUAAUGAUCAAUAAUGCAAAAGCUUACUACAAGAAAACUUCUCAGGAAUACAAAGAUGCAUGUGAUCUUUUAGAAUUAUAUGAAGAAACAAGAGCAGAUUUGGUUGAGGCUGUGUUUGGAACUGGAGACAAAACAGAAAGACUGCCAAGAAAGGGAUCUGCAGCAAAGGAGGUCUCUGAAAUAGUACAGGAUGAUGCUAGUGAAGAGUGUGAUGACGAUGAGGAUGAUGAAGAUGAAGACGAUGCAGUAGAAGAGGAUACCAGAAACGUGAGCAGUGCUAGUAAAUACAGAGAAAGAACCCUCAGUAUGUCUGAUGAGCUUGCUGAUGACCUUGAACAACUCUUUGCUGCCAUCGUAACAACCAAAGAUGGUGAUAGAGAUAUUAGUCAGGCAUUUCAAUUGCUACCACAGAGAUCAAAAUAUCCACAGUAUUAUGAAGUUAUCAAGCAACCCAUUGAUCUGAAAAUCAUUGCUACAAAAAUUCAAGAAAUGAAAUAUACCAGUUUGGAUGCUUUAGAAAAGGAUCUUUUGUUGAUGGUCAAAAAUGCAAAAGCUUUUAAUGAGCCAAAAUCAUUAAUAUACAGGGAUGCUGUUACACUAAAACGGGUGAUUACUGAAAGGAAGAGAGAACUGGAGUAUAAAAAAUCUGGUCAUGUCAAAUCAAGUGAGAGAUUGAGCAGAACUAAGGAUCGAUGUGUGAUUCAGAAAAUGUCUGCCAUAUGUGCAGCAUUGAAAUACCCCUCAGAAGAGGAAGAUGAGACUGCUUCUUCCAGUCAGUUUGAAAUUGAUUCAGAAGCAGAAGGUGGUAGUAAUGACCUAGUAGAGGAUGACCCUCAGUGGAUACUCUAUAACCAUAUAAAAAGCUACACAGAUUCAAAUGGGGAAACACUGUCUGAUCCAUUCAUUAAACUUCCUAGCAAAAAAUUUUAUCCAGAUUACUAUAAGGAAAUAAAGAAACCAAUGUCAUUACAAAAAAUUCGAUACAAAAUCGAGAUGAACAUGUAUGAAACUGUUCUAGAUUUGGCUCAUGAUUUUAAUCUCAUGUUUGAGAAUGCAAAGAAAUAUAACCAGGAUGAGUCACAGAUUCAUAAAUUUGCUGUUAAACUUAAAAGGGUGAUGAUUGAGAAAUGCAAGGAAUUAGAACCAGAGUUGAUGGAAGAAUUUAUUGAAGAAAUGGCAAAUAUGGUUAAUGUUGAAGAGGAAGAUGAAGAAGCAGAGAAUAGUAUAACAGGGAAAGAUGAUGAGGAUUUAACAUUGGAGACACCCACAACAGUUGGGCGUGGCAGAGGCCGUAAGUCAAGUCUUGCUAUCAAUAGCACACCAGAUAGCGACAAAAAGAAGUCACACAAGCGAGGAACAGAUGACAACUUAAAGAAAAGACUGAAAACACUUUUCUCAACAGUUUAUGAUUACAGUGAUGUAAAUGGCCGUCUUUUGCGACCAAUUUUUAUGGUUCUCCCAUCUCGUAAAGAUUACCCAGACUAUUAUCAAGUGAUCAUGGAGCCAAUAGAUUUGACAAUGAUUGACUCAAAACUUAAAGCAGAUAAGUACCCCAAUGAACAGACACUAUUGUCAGAUUUUGAGCUUAUGUUCAACAAUGCUAGACAUUACAAUGAGGAAGGAUCACAGGUAUAUCAAGAUGCUAACACAUUGGAUAGGGCAUUGAGAACAAAAUGGAAACAGUUGGCAGCAAAAACAGGCAGUGGCAGACGCUCCAAGUUCUCUGAAUGCAACCCACUAUCAGAAAAACUUCAGGAACUGUAUGAAAGUGUAAGAGAUUAUCAAGACAGGGCCGGGCGUGCUUUAUCUUCUCCAUUUAUUAAACUUCCCAAUAAAAAUGAUUACCCUGACUACUAUGAGGUCAUCAAGCGUCCUAUUGAUAUGUUGAGGAUUCAGCAAAAGAUGAUGUCAUCGCAGUAUGAAAGUGUUGAAGACAUGGUGGCUGACUUUGUUCAAAUGUUUGACAAUGCCUGCAAAUACAAUGAGCCAGACUCCGUUAUUUAUAAAGAUGCCCUAGCUCUUCAGAGAGUGUGUUUCCAGAAAAAACUGGAGCUGAUGUCUGAUUGUAUGAAUAAUGUCCCAGAUGUUAAGGCACUAACUCAAGAGCUGAUGAAAAAUCUGUUUAUAUCUACAGUUAGCCAUGAGGAUGAUGAGGGACGAUGCUAUACAGAUUCUUUUGCUGAACUCAUUGAAAAAGAUAAAAGUCUGCAAUUAAGUGGAGAACUAGCUGAACGUCCAUUAACUUUUGACCAGAUCAAAAGAAAUCUUGAUAAGGGUCGGUAUAGAAGAGUUGACAGAUUUCAGGAAGACAUGUUUAAGGUUUUUGAACGUGCAAGAAAGAACAGCAGAACUGAUUCACAGUUGUAUGAAGAUGCAGUUGAGAUGCAAAUCUUCUUUAUCAAGACUAGGGAUGAAUUGUGUAAGAAUGGUGAAAUGCUUUUAACACCUGCCCUUAGUUACACAGAACGCCACCUUUCAUUAGCUUUAGAGUUGGAACAGAAGGAAAAACAAGAGCAGGAAAAGCUUGAAGAUGAGGAAAAAAAGAAGGUUUCUGAAGAAAAAAUGGAGGAAGAAAAGUCUCAGGAUCCUGAAGGGGCUACUACUGAUGAAGAAAGUGAAUACAAGGGUCAGAUUUAUGCUAAAGGAGAUUUUGUUUACAUUGACUCAAGGGACACUCCAGAUCCUCAUAUCAUGGCUAUAGAAAGCUUUGGUGUAGACAACACAGGGCAGAAAGUCAUCAAAGGCAAUUGGUUUUACAGACCAGAGGAAACAUACCACUUAGCAACUCGAAAGUUUUUACAAAAGGAAGUAUUUAAGAGUGACACAAGCCAUGGAACACCUCUCUCUGAGAUAGUCGGUCGCUGCUGUGUCAUGUUUGUCAAGGACUACUUUAAAAGUAAACCUGAGAAUAUCCCAGACAAAGACGUCUAUGUUUGUGAAUCACGAUACAGUGUUCGAAACCGGUGUUUCAAAAAAAUAAAGUACUGGCAUAUUCCUGUGAGCAAGAAUCUCAAUUUUGUUCCUCGUGAAAUUCCCUUGAUGCCAGUGAGAGUGGCAUCUGUGUUUGCUGACAAAUCAAGCAGUGAUUGUACUUUAGAUGACAGUGACACUAUAAUUGAUAAAAAAAGAGAGUCUGUUCCUUCAGAAGUGGAAAAUGAAGAUGGAAAUAUUUACUAUGACCAGUAUGUGUGUGACAUGGGUUGUUUCAAAUUAGGAGAUGGUGUUUACAUCAAUAAUCCAGGGGGGCAGCCUGUCAUUGCCAGGAUUGAUAAAAUAUGGACGGAUAAUUUGGGAGAAGCUUUUUUUCAUUACUCGUUUUUCCUGCGUCCCUCUGAGGUUGAGCAUGCACCUACUCGACUUUUCUAUAAAAAAGAAGUUUUCCAGUCUUCUCUAGAAGAUUGUGCCCUCAUCAAAAAUAUAGUUGGAAAAUGUUGUGUUCUUCAUAUGAAGGAUUAUUGCUCUAGUCGACCAACUGAAAUUUCUGAGCAUGAUAUUUACAUCAAUGAAUCAAAGUACCUGGAGGCUGAUAAAUCCAUCAAGAGGCAGAAAAUACUAAAAAAAUAUACAUUGUCACCCAAAGUUGUUGAUGAUGAAAUCUACUUCUUUAGGAAGACAAUAGUCUUAGGAAAGGAGCCAUCACCACUUCUUAUGAAGCAAAGUGCAGAUGAUAGUCUGUUCAUUGACACAGAGGAUUCACUGGGAGUAGAGCCUGAUGCCAGCAAUGAUGGCAUGUCUGUCAGCAUGGAUGUCCCCAGCCCAGCACCAACCAAAUCUCACAAAAAGAAACCAAUUAAUCCUCGCAGACAACCAAGUGGUUAUAUUGUAUUUGCCGGGGAGAUACGAAAACAAAUCUCUCAGGACAAUCCCAGCUGUUCUUUCGGAGACAUUAGCAAGAUAGUUGGCACUAAGUGGAGAGCCCUAAGUAAAGCAGAAAAAGAUGUGUUUGAAGAAAGGGCGCGUAAAGCUGUAGAAGAAUUCAAUGCCAAGCUUCCUGAAGCAGAUAAGACAAUGAAUGAUUCUAUGCGCUCCCAGAGUCCCUGGUCAGACUUUGGAACUUUUCCGGCCACCCCUGCACAUUCCAACCAACAGGCUAACAAUAUAGGCUUUACCGGGUUUAUCCAGGGUCACGUGACCCCAACAGGCUUAAACAAUGGAAGUCCCAUGCAGCCUCUGGGUAUGGCUAAUGGGAUCGCAUACUCACCACAAGGAUACCCUCCCAUGCCAUAUAAUGGGCAUAACCCUUACCUCAUGGUGGGUCAAACUACAGUUCCACAACAGUGCCCUCCCUCGCCAAUGUUUGUAUCUGUGCCACCAAGAACCCAGAAGUUAAUGCACUCAGAAACUUACAUCAGGUAUAUUGAAAAUCUCAAGUCAGAUAAUCCAAUGAUUUCUAAUUGGGAUAAGGCUCUGAUGGCAACUCAGGAAAACACACCAGCUGUGCCUGAAUCUAAUCUUCCUGGUCAGUGGCUAGCUCAUGGAGCUGGUUGUCAUGGUAGCAUUGCUAGUGCAUUGUGGGCACUCAGGGAUUUCAUGCUCAAGGAUGCUCUAAAUAUUGCUCGAACAGUACCAUUUGAUGAUCUGUAAAAUAAUUUUGUCUAAUUCACUUCCGGCAUUAAAACAAUCGUAGUGAUAGAUCUAAAUUCAUUUAGCAAUGUUGUACAAAAAAUGUAUUCCCUUCCUAAUGUUAAAUAUUUUCUUUUUUCUCUGUGCAUUGUAAAUAUAUAAAUACACACUUAAAUAAAGCUGCACAUAUUAAUGUUGGUUUAAUCAUCAGCUUUUUAUAAACAUUUGUUUUCCUUUUUUAUCACAACAUUUAGCAGUUUUAUAUUGUAAUGCAUUUAACCAUUCAACUAGUGGGAUUCGUAUUGAUUGCUAAAGCCAAAUAGAGCUACAAUAUGAGCAUGAUAACACUAAUUUAAAAAGGGAAGGAUUCUCAAAUAAUUUUUGGCUAUUGAUUUGAAAAUAAAGUCAAUUUGACAAAAGAUGAGUCAUUAAUCUAUACAAAAAAGUUUGAAUUGGUUUAUUCUUUUUUAUAUUGUGUUCAUCACUUUUUGUGCAAGAAAUUUAAACAAUUUUAAAAAUCAUUUGUAUCACUAUUAAUGGUAAAAAUUAGCAUAAAUUUGUUGUUUUGCAUGUUUGGGUAUUUCAGCCAAGCUUAUUUGAAGUAUCUGCACUAUUAUUUUUUGCAGAUAUAUUGUCUACUUUGUUUUCUUUAUCUUUACCUUUUCUAGUUUUUUGUGCUAUCCCUCUCUGAAUGACUGAAUUAUACCACAUUUUAUCAAGAGAUGCUACUUCUGCCCGCAAAUCUAUGACUUAAACACAGAAAAUUAAUUGUGUUGACUUUAUUGUAGAUAGGAUUCAUGUUUUAAAGCAACUUGGUUGCAUCAAACAGUUAACUGAAUUUCUUGUGAACACUUUUGUGAAUGCUAUAAAGUUUUAUCCCGCUUGAAUAUUAUCUUUGAGUUAAAGGGUAUAUAUUUUCUGUUCAAGCUAUACUUUUGAAGAAUUUAGACCAUUUAGUGUGGCAAUAUCUGCAUUUAUAUUUGUUAUGAAAACUUUCUGUUGAUGUCUUGAAUUAAUGAAUGUCACCAAACAUUUCCCUUGAUGUUGUAUCACUUCUGUUGAAUAUCCCUGUGACUACAAGUGUACCUUUUCUAGCCACUAAAUAAUUACACUUUUUCUAAUAACACUUGAGCUCUCAAUUUUCUUAAAUGUGGAUUAUUAUUUUUUAAGUAAAGCCAACUGCUAUAAAAAUAAACUACUUUUAUUUUUAGAGAAAAAAUUCUUGAUUUCCUAUAUAGUGUUCCAGUAUAGCAAGUCCAAAAAGUCAUUUAUAGUUAUUCAUCGAUCUCAGGAAAAUGAUAGUUUGCAUUGUGUAAGGUUUUAUUAAAAUUUCAAUUCUUGGUGUCAAGUUUUUUCAGUAUUUUUCCAGCCCAUGUAAGCAGUUAUAUAAAAUGUGUUUGAUGACUGUCACAGAUGAUGGGAAUAAAAAUCAAACCAAAUGCAGGCAGCAAAGCUCAUAUCAUUCAUCAAGUUGUCAUUGGUGUAAAUAUUUAUUUAACUUAUCUUUCCUUUGUUUAGAUAUGUUUCAGUAUUAAGUGCUUUUCUUAUUUCUUGUUUGCCUAUUUCUCCAGCAUUUCUUGCUGAAAAGUUUUUUUUUUGGGAAUAGAAGUUUCUUUUAUUUUGAUCAGCUUACUCAUUCAAUUGAGCUUUGAGUUAGUGAAGUGUUGAGUUUUUGCUGAGGAUUGAAUCUCGUGCUCAUUUGAAUGUUUUCUUAUUACUUAAGUGAUAAUAAGAUAGUAAAAAUAAAAAAGUCUAGACUAUCAUACUAAAUGAAAAACUCAGCAGUUCAUUUUAUUAAGGUGUCUGUAUAAGUUCAUUAAGUUUUGAUGUAUUAUUGUUUUUGUUAGCCCUAAGAUUAAUGGUUUAAAGGAGGUCAUAGCAUUUUUAUGAUAUGAUUUACUAUACAUUUUGGUCUAAAAAAAAUGAAGUAUAAGUUUAAUGCAGCUUGUUGAAAGCAUAAUUGUUUAUACUUAUACUGAUCUUUUUUUAUGUUAAAUGUAAUUAUCUGUUCAUCAUCUAAGGAAAUUAAGCAAAAAUCCAAAGUUAGAACACCACAAAUGCAUUGAUUGGUAUUAAAAAAUAAUAGUAAAAUAAUUUGUGCUAGUAGCAACUUAAUAUAUAGUCCUUAGAAGGAAGGAUUGAUUUUUACAUUAAAAUUAUUUUUUAUCAGGUGUUACUGGUCUAACUACUGAAGAAAUUUUUUACCUAUCAACAAUUCAUAAAUUGUGAAUUUGACACU